AGAAGUCACGUCAGUUUGGAAGAGGAGUUUGACCCACCUGAUGAUCCUUGGCUCAAUCCGCUCCACAUUAGGCUAUUUACCACAUUAAUCUACCUCUGACAUUAAACCCAUCUGCGAGCGUGCGUUUUAUAUUUCUCAGCAAUCGCUUUUUGUAACUUCUAGUGAAUAUUUUAACGGAAUAUUAACGGGGUGGUACGGUCAUUAUCAGUCCUAAAUUGCACUAUCGACAUUUUUUUAUUUUUUUUUUGCACUUGAGCAUUUUUGUGAGGAUGCAUACCACCCAAAAGGACACCACUUAUACCAAGAUAUUUGUCGGUGGUCUUCCGUAUCAUACGACGGAUUCCAGUCUAAGGAAAUAUUUUGAAGUGUUUGGCGAAAUAGAAGAAGCGGUGGUGAUUACCGACAGACAGACUGGAAAGUCCAGGGGUUAUGGAUUUGUGACUAUGGCAGACCGCUCUGCUGCAGACAGAGCUUGUAAGGACCCCAACCCCAUCAUCGAUGGCAGGAAAGCCAACGUUAACCUGGCUUAUCUCGGAGCCAAGCCACGGGUGAUGCAGCCAGGCUUUACUUUCGGUGUCCCUCAGGUUCACCCUGCUUUCAUCCAAAGACCAUAUGGGAUCCCCACUCACUACGUGUACCCGCAGGCCUUUAUGCAGCCCAGUGUGGUCAUCCCUCACAUCCAGCCAGCGGCGGCCUCCGCCACCGCGUCUUCACCUUACAUCGACUAUACAGGUGCAGCCUACGCACAGUACGCCAGUGCCGCAACCGCUGCAGCCGCUGCAGCCUACGAGCAAUACCCGUACGCUGCCUCUCCAGCCGCAACCGGCUAUGUAGCUACCGCCGGCUAUGGCUACACCAUGCAGCAGCCACUGGCCACCGCCGCGCCAGGGUCUGCAGCCGCAGCUGCGGCCUUCGGUCAGUACCAGCCCCAGCAGCUACAAGCCGAACGGAUGCAAUAGCAACCAAAGAGGCGGAUGGGAGAUGCACAGGGAGUAGACACCCAGCGACUGCUUCUAGAUGAUGAAGAGGAUGCUGAUGAAAAUAGUUGCUGGUUGUGGGUUGAUUGCAAGAGGAGGAAGACUAGGAUCAUAUGGGAGGGGGAUAGUAAUUGGUAGAGAGAUUAUUAGUGAGAUGGGAACCCCAUUUCUUUCCAACUUGCUGUGAUUAAAGAAAAAAAAACAACAACAAAACAAAACCCCCCCAAAAAAGAUCGCAGAAAUGGACGGAAUCUAGCUUUUUACUAUUAUCAUUAUCAUUAUUAUUAUGUUAUCUUUAUUUCGAUAAUUAAUAUUAGAGUAGGAUAUUUAUUAUGAAAGGAGGUAUGCAGCAACUAAUCACUGUGGUAUAGGUGCGUUGUAGACGAAACCUUUAGUCCCGAUGCUGUCAUUUAAUGUAGGCGACCUUUUUUUCCGAAAGACACUUGGAAAAGUCCCACAUUGUUUUGAUUCUAGGGCCCCUGAUCUUUAUAUUUAUUCUCAAUUUUUGAGGGCUCUUUUUGUUCUGUCUUCUUCUCAAGUGCAUUUGUUUUGAUCAUCAGGGAAAUGGAGCAUUUUUCAGCGAAUUAGAAAUGACAAACUCUGCCAAUCAGGGAUAGUAGACCUAACUGUGGCGAAAUGGAGAAAGAUCCAGUGUUAGCAUGUUUUAUGUAUUGUGAACUACCUUUUUAUCUAUCUGAUGCUGAAUGUCCCCCUUUUCUCUGACUCCUGUAUUGAUCUCCUGACCUAUGCAAAGCAAACAGGCCGCCAGGGGACAAAACAAAGUGCAGGAACAGGAGAGAUUUUCUUUUGCUCCCCCACAAUGGGCAUCAAACAAUUUGAAGACAAAAAAAACUGAAACGUAUUGUAUUAUAUGCUUACAAAACACUCACGGACUAACAGGUACACCGUUAUACACACAUUUAAGUGUUAAUGUCUGUCUGUGGGCGAGAGAGGACACACACACACACAAAGAUUACUAUGUGGGGAAAAAAAGCAUGGGGCAUUGCUCAGUACUAGUACUAGAAUCCAGGAGCAAUUGCUGUGUUGGAAGGAACAGGCACUGAUACACACACACACACACACAGACAGAUUGCUCUGGAAAGAUCACUGGUGCUCGUUUGUUGAGCUGUCACAGUUUCAUCACUUUCAUCCUGCUCUGGGUCUGUCAGCUCUUCUUAUCCUCCUAGAUAGGGUCCGGAAGCUUGAGGACAGACCUGUGCAUCCUCCCAAUAUCGGCAACAGAUCUUUAUCUGGAACACGACGAGGAGCCACAAUAAGGGAGAGGGGUUCCCACAAGCUUUUCACCCUAUACCAACGAGCCGCUAUCUGCCUGGUCUUUAUAUGUUCACUAAGAAUUAUGUCUGAGCACCAGCACAAGUAAUAAGGUCUAUGUAUUUCAAUGAGCAACUCUUUACAGAACAGCACUAUAGGGAAAGGAUCCGAAUCCAUGCUGACUAGGGUUCUUUGUGUGCCUUACAUUUGUAAUGCUAUUUAAAGAGAUCUGCUAUUUAAGAUAUUUAUUUUGAGUUGACUUAUGUUGCGCUCUAAGAUCACAGGCUUGGAAGCGGUACUGUAUGGAUAUAAUGUAUUCAUCUCAUGGCAUAUUAUUCUAAGUUAUUGAGUAGGCUUAGUUGUAGUAUUAUUAACAUACUCAACCAAAAAUGUUGGUGUAGGACUUAUUUAAGAUACAAUUCUGUAUGUGCACUGUACAAAUCUUUUUAUUUUUAUUUUUUUAUACAUUUGGAACAUGACAUUAAAUAUCGGCUUAAUGCCUAUCAUAUGACAUUUAUUUUAUUGGAGGCCUGCUGUUUCGAGCAUGUUAUCUCCAUUUGUCAUAUCCAGAACUGUUUAAAAGACUUUAAAAAAAGGACAAAAGAC